AUGUCACGCAGGCAGCAGCAGCAAUCCAGCCCUCGACUUCUCAGAAGCAGAAGUGGAACUUCUUCGACCCCGACCCUAACCCUACCGCAAAACGUUUCACGUUCAUGCACUACCACGCCAAACAACAGCCAAAGAUUCACCAGCCCCAAGCGCUCGAAAUCCACCGUGAAAUCAAGAACCAAUAAGAAUCACGAGGAAGAGAAAGUACAUGCACUCAAGCAAAAGAAGGGUGGCCAAGAAGAUAUCAUUGGACAACAAGGUACUAAUAAUUUAGGUAUAAAUACGAGUUUUGCUAAGUUGCAGCGAGGGAGUACUAGUCCUAGUCCAAGUCCACGCCCUAGAAAAUCAGUGUCCAUGCCGUCUCCGCCGUCUCCUUCAGCAUGGGCUUUGUCCCCGGGACGGUCUUUGCCGCGCAAGGUGGCACCGGAUCCCCCAGCGGCGGCGCCUUCGACAAGGGCAGCCAGGGUUAAGUCUAGUGGUGGCGGGGUUGGUGGGGUUUUAAAGUAUUUUAGGCUGCAGAAGAAAGUGCCGCCGGUACAAGAGGAGGACUUCCACCGGUUUCCCCUUUUGCAUAAUAGGCUGCUGCAGUGGAGGUUUGCAAACGCCAGAGCUGAGGCUGCCAAGCUUGAUGCACAGAGAAUUUCACAGGAUAAAUUAUUUAGUGUGUGGCUUAGAACAUUGAAAGUGAGAAAGUUCAUCCUAGACAAAAGAAUACAAGUGCAAAAGCUCAAGCAUGAGAUUAAGGUGUACCAGAUUUUGAACCCACAAAUUUUCCUACUGAAUGAAUGGGGAAAAUUGGAUAAAAAAAAUCAAGAAUCCAUCAGCAGGUUGGUGAGAAAAUUGUCAGGAAUGUCAAACACAAUCCCUUUGGUCAAUGAUGCUAAGACAGAUGUGGCAUCUGUAUAUGAAGCCAUGACCUCGGCCAUGGCUGCGAUGGAAGAUAAUUUAGGAAUGGUCUCUAAACUGCUGCCGGAGGUUAGUUCCUCUUUAUACAGUUAA